AUGGCACGGCCCUCCGCCGCCCAUUGCUUGCGACACCGCUGGAUUGAGCGCUUGGCGGAGAAGGAGAGCGGGCCUGUGGAGAAGCUGCAGAUGGAUGGCUUGGCUGCCUUUGGUCGGAUGCAUAAGCUCAAGAAGGCAGUGGUCACUGUGAUUGCGACGCAGAUGUCAGAAGAGAGGAUCGAUCAACUACGCAGCAUGUUCAUGACCAUGGACCGAAAUGGGGAUGGUACCUUGACUGUUGCGGAGAUCAAGGAUGCCUUGGAUCAGGCACAUGUCGAGAUGCCGAGCAACAUUGAGCAACUGCUCUAUGAGGCAGACACCGACGGGUCGGGAGUGAUCGACUACACCGAAUUCUUGGCCGCGACGUUGGACAAGAAGGUUUAUGUUCAGGAGGAUAUCGUUUGGACGGCCUUCAAGAAGUUUGAUCUCGACAACAACGGCAGUAUCGAUCUGAAGGAGCUGAAGCAGAUCAUUGGUGAUGCCGACGUGGCUGAAGCCAUGAACCUGAAAGACAGCUCUGCUAUCAGCAACGUUUAUGCCAUCUUCGAGCAGGUGGAUCAAAACCACGAUGGCAAGAUCGACUUUGAGGAGUUCUUCCAGAUGAUGCGCGGUGCCGAGAACAGCUCCCAGGCAGUGGAUGGGCCCAAGAAAGGUAGCAGCACGCCCACCAUCCAAGAGCAACGGAUGAAACUUUCAGGUCUCCUGGAAGACUUGGACGAUGCAAGGGAGAUGUCCAAGCCGGUCUCCCCUUCCUCCGAGCUGAAGCUCUCAGCCAAGAUCAUCUACUGACGCUUUCUCCAAGGACUUCAUCGGAGUGAGGAGCCGCAGGUUGUGUAAGGAGCACGCCUCGGACAUGCACUUGCACACAUUCACUUGGUCGAAGACGUUUGGUUUUCCGGCCAUGAGAAAAUGAUCCUGCAGCGCAGGUGCGGGAAAUGCUGUCAUAUUGGGACAAUGCUAUUUAGACAUGCUGCUGCCACCACCUGAAAACCUGAAAUGCUUAUCCAAGUGAACA